UCUUCCAUCUCGCGCCCAACGUUCAAAUGAUUGCUAUUGGUGACCAGCUCCCUGCCGUGACGCUCGGCGAGUACAACGCUGUCGAGGGCACGUGCGCGAUCGGCCCCAACCAGAUCAAGGUCCAGGAAGCCGCGGCCGACAAGACGAUUGUCAUCUUUGCCGUGCCGGGGGCGUUCACCCCGACGUGCUCGGCGCAGCACGCGCCCGGCUUUGUCGCGCUUGCCGACGAGUUUAAGGCCGCUGGCGUCGACGAGAUCUGGUGCCUCAGCGUCAACGAUGCCUUUGUCAUGGGCGCGUGGGGCAAGGAGCUCGGCACGGCCGGCAAGAUCCGCAUGAUCGCCGACGGCGACGCCGUCUUCACCAAGGCCACGGGCCUCGAGCUCAACAUGACGGGCCGCGGCCUCGGCCUCCGCGCCGCCCGCUACUCGAUGCUCGUCAAGGACGGCAUUAUCAAGGAACUCAACCUCGAAGUCGGCGGCGCCUUCAAGGUCAGCAACGCCGAGACCAUCUUGGCGCAGGUCCGCGGCGAGUAAGCAAAACUACCUGUAAAUUGACAUUCAUUUCUUGCACGA